CUUCCGUCCGGUCCGAAGCUCCGAAGACCUCUGCGUUCCUCUUCCGCCAUGGAGACCGAUGCCUUGAGCCAGUUUGUCAUUUUGGCGCAGACAGCACAGGGCCGCGCCUGUGAGGCCUUGGUGAGGCAAGCCCUCGAGCACAGCAGCGUCUUCGUCUUUGGGGAGCUCUUGGAGUGCCCCAACGUCCAGGCCCUACAGGGCGAGUUUUCAGCCACGCUGGACCUGUUGCGGAUCUUCGCUUAUGGGACCUUCAGCGAUUACAAGGCCCGACAGAAGGACUUGGGAGACUUGACGGUGGCGCAAACGCGGAAGCUCCAAAUGCUCACCUUGUUGUCGAUGGCCACAAAGGAGAAGGUCAUCAACUUCGCUGCGCUCGAGGCGGCCUUGGAUGUCUCCGCCCGCGCGCUGGAAGAUUUGAUCAUCGAGGCGGUGUACCAAAAUCUCAUCACCGGGAAGAUGGAUCAGGAGAACAGCUGCCUCAUUGUGGAGUCCUGCGCCUGUCGCGAUUGCAAAGCAGAGGACAUCGACUACAUCAUCGAGACCCUCAGCGCCUGGCAACAAACGGCCCAAGAAAUGAUCCAAUCGCUCGAUGCCGCAGUGAUGUUUGCCGCCAACAACUACGAGAAGCAGAAGGUGGCACAAGAGGAAUUGGAGAAGGAGGUGAAAUCGAUCCGUGAAGCCUUGAAGGAGGGCGAUUCCACCAAGUCCGGUGCUGGGGGCUGCACCCGGAUGCAGACCGACGAGGUGGAUGAGGAGUCCAAGCGAGCCAAGAGCACACGUGGUCGCUGGGUAGGUGCCCAGUCCGCCCUACGCUGAGGUGCACUUGGAGUACAGCCAACGUUUGUUGUAGAACUGGAACGAAGGCGCGGAAACAUCAUCGCCCGCUGUCCACGCCGCGAAGUUCCCAUGUCGGAUGCGAAAAAGGAAUGCCGUCGGGCG